AUGGGCCUCGCUGUACUUCCCCCUGAUGUUGAAGACGAAUUGGUGCAGCCCGAUACUCGCAAAUAUGACGAAUACCAGGAAGACAGCGACAUGUCGAUGGACGACACGGACGGCCGACCCUCGAAAAGACCUCGAUUGUCCGCUCUGACGUCUAGUCACAUAGUACUCCCCGGCGAGGCAAUCACAGAUGACAGUCAAUGGAUGAGAGGCCACGGGACCUACAUGACCGAAGCGUCAACAACCAUCAUCGCCACACUCGCCGGUCUUCUGAAGACGACCAACAAACUGCUGUCAGUUGCCCCUUUACGGGCAAGAUACACUCCCGAGAUCGGUGACCUCGUGGUUGGGCGGAUUGUCGAGGUGCAGAAGAAUCGGUGGAAGGUGGAUGUUGCGGCCCCGUUACUGGCGCAGUUGCCUCUGUCGUCAAUCAAUCUUCCAGGAGGUGUUUUAAGGCGACGGACAACGGCAGAUGAGCUGCAGAUGCGCAAUUACUUCCAAGAAGGGGAUUUGGUGGUCGCCGAAGUCCAGCAGAUCGGUAGCACCGACGGCACCGCAAGCUUGCAUACCCGAAGUCUGAAAUACGGCAAGUUACGCAACGGAACUUUCCUGGCCGUAUCUGGCACCGGUGGUGGAGGUGGUGUGGUCCGCAGUCGGAGGCAGGUCUUCACCAUCAACAGUGGUGCUCAGGGGGGCGGAGAUGUUGACGUGAUCCUCGGAGUGAAUGGUUACAUCUGGCUAAGCAAGCAUGCGGAACAAGCCCAGGACCAGGGAAGGCUGAGUGGAGGGGUCAGCAUCUCGAAUCUGGAUGAUGUCGUCAGUACUGUCAUCUAUUCGAGCCAGAACGACGACAUUUCCGAAGGGACUAGACGCGAGAUUGCGCGCAUCUCAGAGUGCAUCAAGAUCCUGGCCGAGGAUGGGGUCCGAGUGGACGAAGACAGUGUCAUCAAAGCUUAUGAGGCUGCUGUUGAUGCUGAGAUGAGUGUCAUGGACCAGGCGGGGACUGGUACUCGUGUCAGUGAUGAGGUGCGAAGAAGGAUUGUCGAUGCUGCAAUUCAUUGA